UAAUCAGGCGCAAAUAAACUCAUCCAUCAAUCCACUUACUUGGUUUUCCCCACGCACUUCCCCCCACUUUCAUACACUCACCCCCCUUCCUGGGCUUAUGGUCAGUCUAUCAUUCUUGACCGCUUCGGACGGUUCCCUUACAGCCACAGGUGGUCUGAUUAUGUGGAUGUGAUAUUGAUCGGCAAACACCCCUCCUUCCCAUCCACCUUCAUCGACUUUAUAUUAUAUUCUUCGGGGCCUGUCUUCUCUGCCAUCUCACCAUUUUGAUUUUCCCCCAAUACUUCUGAGCGACCAGAUACUCAACACUAUGCAACCAAACCACUAUGACCUGCUAAGUCAGGUGCAACCCGAUGAGCCUCAACGAGCGCCACGAGACGCUCAUCAUCGGAAUCCCUUCCUGUCACGUUCUCCAUCUGGUGUCGCUCCCACGAGAUCCGAAGACUCGUGGAUCGAGGUCGCCUCGCAGCCAUCCUCCUCGUCGCUUUCCUCCAUUGCUACCAAUGAUGACAUCAUCACAACGGGUCUGCGUGUCGAGCAACAUGGAUCGAGAGCAUACCAUCACCGUAGUCGGCGACGGCGUCUGCAGCGCCUGGCUGCUGUCACAGCGGCGCAGGUUGACUAUUCGUCCCGUGAACAAAGUAGUAGUCAAGACGAGUACGAGGAAAGUGAAAGUGAAUCGGAUCGCGUUAUGACAAGUUCCAAUGAAGACAUGCCUCAGAGAUCCCUUGGAGGUCCGCUAUUAGCUCACCCUGGGCCUCCGUUGAUGCCGGAUAGUCCCUCAAGUGAUGAGGAUGAUGCCUCAACAGCGCUGGGGAUGCGGAUCAGCUCAUCCCCGUUUGUCCCGCAGCCAAAUGUCUUCACCCAUCCGCCAGCAUCGGAGAACCCAGCCUGGACCAGGCCAGUUGAGAGGCGUCGUCCCCAGCCUAGCGAGGUAUCGAAUUCCAGCCGUCAAACUGCCAUCCGACGGAACUCUCAAGCCAGCAUAAGACCAGCUCGCAGGCAAUCACAACAGCAUAGCCCGUACAAUAUGAUUUCACCGUCUUACCAUGCAGACCACGAUGCCGCCCUCCGCUCUAGUCUUUCCACCCUUCUUUCCUGUGCGGCCGCUGCACGGGGCCUGCCGAAAUCUGAUCCGCAACCUACCCCACCCUCGGGGCCUUCUCGAGCACAGCCUGCUUCGUUCCGACUGGUGUCGGAGUCAGUUGCAAUGGGAGAACAUAUAUCUGAAGAAGUGCCCACAUCGGCUGUCGAGACUAAUACAUCCAGACGGCCCAUGAACCCACCCGUGGCUACUUAUUCACCACGCUCUUCUCCCUCCGCUCCGAAGGUGAGACGGCGGUCCAGUUCCCCGAGAGAACACCACGCCUCUGCAUCUAGGAAGAAUCGUCGAGCAACUACCGCAGACUCGACGGCUAGUCCUACGAUAAUGACUUGGGUUAUCAGUGCUGGUGUCGUGGUUCUCUUCUCAGCAAUCAGCUUCUCAGCAGGUUAUGUGAUUGGCCGUGAGGUCGGAAGGAUGGAGGCAAGCACAGGGGUCGGGUCAGUCAUGGGUGAUGGCAACUUUUCUGGUGGCAGAACAUCCGCGGCUUGUGGUCAAGAGGCCAUCAAGGGAGGCUUGAAGCGGUUCCGAUGGAGCUCUGGAGCUGCUGGAUCAGGUGUGAUUGCGUGAAAUGCUUCGUAUGAGAACGACAAGUGAACCAGAUGGAUCUAAAAGGUAUUUAUGAACCGAACGGGCGUUGGUUACGAGUUAUCAAUGAUAUGGUGUGACGAGAACUUGGGUGCACA